GAGGGCUCACCUGCCCGGAGUCUAGACGCACUCUCAGUACAGAUCAGACAUCGGGGAUCGAACCGCCGGCCCGGCAGGCUUCACGUCCGUGCGGUGUCGGGCAUCGGAGGGGAAUUGGUUCCAGCACCAAAGACACGCCGACCCUGUGGUGCUGGGCAGAGCGUUAUGGCUCAGACGCUGCAGAUGGCGAUCCCUAACUUUGGCAACAAUGUCCUGGAGUGUCUGAACGAGCAGCGGCUGCAGGGCCUCUACUGUGACGUCUCCGUGGUCGUCAAGGGACAUGCCUUCAAGGCCCACCGUGCAGUGCUGGCAGCCAGCAGCUCCUACUUCCGGGACCUGUUCAAUGCUGGGGGGAAGAGCUCGGUGGUGGAGCUACCCCCGGCCGUGCAGCCGCAGAGUUUCCAGCAGAUCCUGGCCUUCUGCUACACGGGGCGCCUCAGCAUGAAUGUGGGAGACCAGUUUCUGCUCAUGUACACCGCCGGCUUCCUCCAGAUCCAACAGAUCAUGGAGAAAGGCACUGAGUUUUUCCUUAAGGUCUCCUCUCCAAGCUGUGACUCCCAGGGUCUCCACACCGAGGAGACCCCAUCCUCUGAGCCUCAGAGCCCCGUCACUCAAACAGUGGGAGUGGGCGGAGUUGGCAUCGGUGCUGCCACUGUAGGGAGGCCUGCCUCCUGCCUGACACCCCUUCCCCUCGUGUCCAAGGUGAAGACUGAACAUAUAGCCACAACACCUCAGCCAGCUCCACAGCCACAGCAGCCGGAGGGCUCUCCCUACUCUGUGGUCUGCACCCCUGUGGCCAAGCGGCUAUGGGAGGGGGGUAACCGUGAUGGGGGAGGGGGGUCAGGAGGGGGCGGGGGCGGCGGGUUGAGGAAGGCCGCACGCUACUCUUCCUCCUCCUCUUCCUCGUCCUCUUCCAAUACAUUAACCCAGGACGUCUCUGGCCGCGGACCUGCCGCUAACGCCUCUCUGGUGGGCAGCGGAGGCAGCGCUUUAGUGGGAGGAGCUGUGCUCAACAGUAACCACAACAAUAACAACAACAACGGCGGGACCCCAGAGGGUACGAGCCCGGGCACCCUGAGCAUGUACACCAGCGACUCGCCCAUCAGUUACCACGACGAUGAGGAGGAGGAUGAUAUAGCAGAUGAGACUGAAGAGCAGUACAGACAGAUCUGCAACAUGUACACCAUGUACAGCAUGCUGAACGCCGGAGCAGCAGUUGUCGGGGAGCGGGUGGAGGCUCUGCCAGACUUAGCCCCAGACUCAGGGGGCGGGCGGGGGGGCAGAGGGGGGCGGUCCCGGCAGGAACUAGCAUCGCUGCCCGCCGAGCUCAUCAGCCAGAUCGGAAACCGCUGCCACCCAAAGCUGUAUGAGGAAGGAGACCCGGCUGAGAAGCUGGAACUGGUGAGCGGCACCUCUGUGUUCAUCUCCCGCGCCCAGCUCAUGAACUGCCACGUCAGUGCCGGCACCCGCCACAAAGUGCUGCUCAGACGCCUUCUGGCGGCGUUCUUCGACAGGUCAAAUUUAGCCUCUAAUGCGUUUCUGCCAUAUGUUUUUUCUCUCCCUUCAUUUCCUCUUAUUGUCCCUUUACUUACUCUUUGCCUCGCUCCAGUCUACUGCCAGAAUUUCGCACCGAGCUUCAAGGAGAGCGAAAUGAACGCCAUCGCUGCCGACAUGUGCACCAACGCCCGCCGCGUUGUCCGCAAGAGCUGGAUCCCCAAACUGAAACUGCUGAUGGCCGACAGCGACGCCUACUCCGCGUUCCUGGCCGACAGCGUGAAGAUGGAGGCCGACGCGUUGGGGACGGAGCAAGGUUUUGACCCCGCCUCACUGGAAGCCGUGGCUGCAGCGGCAGCAGCCAACAACAGCGAAGCGGGAAGCGGAGCCACGCCGGCAGACGGCCUGCAGGGGGCAGGGGGAGAUAGCAGCACUUUGUUUUGAGUGAGUGAACGGACAGAUAGAUAGAAUGGACAGAUUGAUGGAAGGAGGGGUGGAAUAUCUCUGGGGUGAUGAGAACAGAACGAUGGCCACUCUGGUCUUGAUGACAGUAAUCACUCCUCCCCUAGCCCGCUAUAUGUUUGGGGAUCUGUUUCUUCAGUUUGUUCUGCUUGCCUUCCUUUGUUUGUCCACGUUUCUGUCUGUCUCCACAGCUUAGAAUGAAUCUCUGCAGUUUGUUCUUGAAUGCUCUUGUGGAGAGAGAUGGAAAACCAUGGUGAAAGGUAGCAGAAGGAGGUUCACUCCCCCCCAGUUCCUCAUCCUUCUGCAACCUUUAGAAACCUGAUUUCAGCCUUUAUUUUUUGUUUUUAAGAGUGUGUACUGUCACUAAAAACCUUUUCUUACCAUAAUCACAGACAUUCCCUAGGGGAAGGGGGGCGGGGAGGGGUAAUCCAGUUUGGAGAAGGCGACGGCUCCUUCUCCAAACUUCGGUAACACUGUUGUUUUUGAUAUUGAAUGUAUGCGUGGCGAAGCAUUCGAAAUGCAGCUGAGUGAGGUUGCGCCGAGCCCUUUUUGUUUUGUUGUUUUGGUUUGCUUUGUUUCAUCUGCCAGAUGAAAGCUUCUCUGAGAGUUUGGGCUCGGUGAGGUCAGGGGUUGAAAUGAAUAUUAAUAUGUAUAUUGGCAUGGUUUAUGAUCUCCUCGACCUCAGCCUGCUCUUUAACCCCAGCUGGCCAUGCCGGGAAGCUGACCUACUGGUCUUCAGAGAAAUGCUCUGACUUGGACAGCAGCUUUUCGAUUGGCUGGUGAUAUGUUCAGAUUUGUUAGCGAGUUUAAAGGCUAAUCAAUAACCUUCCCCCCCCCUCCCAAACCUUCCCCACAUUUUGGCCGUUAAACUCUAAAAAAACAAAAAAUAAAAUAUCAGUUUGUUUACUUUUUCUGUUUUUUUUGUCACCUUUGUGUGUGAUGUUUGCCGAGACUCCUGAAGGAGAGGAAAUUUGUUACCGAUGAUUGUAAAAGAGUUUGCGUGUGAUAAAUGCACUGUGUUAUUUCCUGCGGUAUGAGUACAAUCGAACUAAGUUUUUGUAUGUAUCAGACUGAGAAAACGGUGUGGCUUUAUUUUAAAAAAGAGAAAAAUAAGAAAAAGCUAGAAUCCAAUUUCUAAGUUUGUUUAACU